CGCAACGCGAGCCAGUGUAGUUAUAGGAAUCUGUGCGUCGAUGCAAUGGCGUAAGGAGUCACGUUGAACGUCUGCGAUCCGUUAGUUCUGAAAUUGAAGUCUGCAUUUAUUCGAGAAAUUAAACUGCUUAGGUUCAAUAAUAAAUUAUGCGGCUGAGCGCAUUCCUCCUCACCAAAGUCGGAGACUUGACUAAGAAAGUCUCAAACUUACCGGAGAAAUACAUCACCGACACAGUUGAGAAGGUUUACUAUCGGACACCGCGUGCAAUACAGUAUUUGGAUCGCACGAUAAAGCGUAAGAACUUUCGAUUCACGACAAAUCGCCCGUGGUCUGGCCCAGCUGAAUUCCAAAAUUCGCCACAUAAAUACAGAAAGAAGGUAUUCGUUGAACCCUUGAAAGAUUGGAAUUUUUUCAAAGGUGACCGGGUUCAAUUAUUAGUUGGGCGGGACAAAGGGAAGCAAGGAAUAAUCACACAGGUGAUACAGGAGCGAAACUGGGUUAUAGUUGAAGGACUUAAUACACAUCUAAGACGAAUCGGAAAGGAUAAGGACUUCCCAGGCAGUACGGUACAGAGCGAAGCCCCCCUUUUAGUUACAACAGACGUACGUCUGGUUGACCCGAGUGAUCUAGAUGCUUGUGACGUAGAAUGGCGGUAUAAGCCAGAUGGCCAAAGAGUUCGGGUAUCGUGUCGAACCGGUCGAAUUAUUCCAAUUCCACACAAGAGUGAAGAAACUGUGGAUUACAAGAGACCCACUCUGUACAAAGCAAAGCAGAAAGAUACACCAGCAAAUGUUGUCAAAGAAGUUACUUUUUUGCCCGAACUCAAGACCUUCGAAAUGGACUUGAUGGAUAAAAUGGGUAUCAAAGAAGAUCGCACGCGAAAGCCCAUCUUCUGGUAUUGAAGAAUAUUUUUAUCAUCAACUUGUAAAAUAUAACUAGUGAUAUGAGAAAGAAAAACAUUUUGUGAAUAAUCACAUAUAAUGUAAAACCUGUGUACGAUGUUGACUGUGAGAUAUAAAAUUUAGUCAUUUCAUGUACAAA